UCUGCCGGAACCAUGAAUUACAGACUUGGGUUCCCCCCGGAGGUUUUUUAGUACUGGACCUGAGCUGCUUUGUUUACUUUUCUCCUGGAAGCGUUAACGUGUCCGUUAGUUCAUAAAUCUUUAUCCAGGAGCGUUUUACCGGUUUAGUUUCGGUGUUUUUGUCGGUUAAAACGUUCAUAUUUCCGCGCUUACUCUAACUUUUAACGGCAUUAAUUGAAAAUAUUGCAGAAAAUUAAAGUGCAGAAACAUGUCGGCUGGUCCGCAGAUGUUCCCCUCCUCUCCGUCCUUCCCUCCCGGGCCGGCGGAGGGUUUCGCCGGCGUGGACCCGCUCAGCAGCCCGCUGUCGGAGAUGGACACCCUGCGGAUGUUCGUCAACGAGCGGCUGACGGCGGCGGUGGACGACAUUCUGGGCGUGUUCGGGAAAACCGUGGCCCGGUACCGGGAGCAGAUAGACCACCAGCGGCGGCAGUUGGACAGCCUGGAGGCCGGGGAGGGCAGGUGGAGCCGGGCGGCAGGUCGGUGUGUGACCCCGGAUCACCAAACAUCCAACUCUCUGCAGUCGUCCUCCUGGAUAAAAACCUGCCCUGAACACCAGAUCCUGAACGUCCAGCUGCUCCAGACCAGCAACACCGAUGGGACUGACGCCGGCACCUCGGCUGCUCUGAUUAAAACAGAGGACGGCGGUGAGGACUGUAGAGGGACUGAACCAAACAACCACUUUGAUCCAGCCGCUGGUCUGGAAGCAGCGAGCGACGGCCGACUCCUGGAUGAGGGCUCGGACACUGAGGACAGCGGAGAUUACUGGAGAGAAGCUGCUGAACUCUGGAAGCCAAAUGAGACGGCAGAAACAGAAAGUUCAGGGAAAGACGUGAAGAGCUGCGCUGAUCUGCCGCAGCAGUACAAACUGCUUCCCACCGAGUUCAGCUGCAAAGUUUGCGGCGAGUCUUUCCAGAGGAUGAGUUAUCUGCUCAAUCACUCUGCGGCACAUCUGAGGGACUGCGGCAUUUGCGGGAAACAUCUGGAGCGCACCGAGAGUUUGAAGCUUCACCUCAAAGUCCACCGAGAAUCGUCGUUCCGCUGCAGCGUCUGCGGGCAGAGCUUCACCCUGCGGGGGAACCUCAGGACGCACAUGAGAAUCCACUCGGGCGAGCGGCCGUACGCCUGCACCGUCUGCGGCAAGAGCUUCGGCAGGAGGGCGACGCUGGUGCGACACGUCCGCAGCCACACGGGCGAGAAACCGUUCACCUGCACGUACUGCGGCCACGGCUUCGUGGAGAAGGGAAACCUGACGGUGCACCUGCGGACGCACACCGGAGAGAGGCCGUACUGGUGCUCCGUCUGCGACCGCCGCUUCAGCCAGCUGUCCUGCUACUACAAACACCCAUGUCAGAGGAGAGGCCUGAUCUCUGCCCCCGUUAAACCCAGCUGACUGCCGCAAAACAGGACGAGGAUAACCAAGCAAAACCUCCUUCACAAAACACAGCAAUACAACUCAUUCCUGAUUUUAAAGGAGCAGUGAAACAUCAUUCUCUGUCAAGUGUGAAGGAUUUCGGACUCUUCUGGACGAUGCAACAAUCAUUUUAUUUAUUUACAUUUUGGUAUCUGAGAAAUCAUGUUGUAGAUUUUUUGCAGAAGACUCUAAACACUUUCCUACCAAUGAGCCUCGGCAGCUGUUUCCUUUGAAAACAAGCUAAUCAUUUGCUUUGUGAACUAAACUCAUCUUCAUGAAUCCAAAUCUGACCUAGAAUUGGAUGUAAAUUGUUUAAUUUUCAGCUCCUGUGUUUUCCAGCUCAUUUCCUGAAAACUCCCCACAUAAUUUCCUAAAAAAAUAGCUGCUGUUUAGCUGUAAAUUACAGGACAUUUCCAAGUAAGUACUGCACGAGUACAUGCUAACAAUUGUUUUAUUGUCGAUUAACAUAUUUAUUUUCAAUGAAAACUGACUAGUUUGGUCUAUAAAAUGGUGCAAAAUCAGUGUUUCCCAAGAUGACAAAUGCCUUGUUUUAUCUACAAUCCAAUAAUAUUAAUUUUACUGUCAUCGAGGAGGAAAGAACCCAGAAAAUGUUUGCAUUUAAGAAGCUGGAAUCAGAAAUGAACUCAAACCAACUAAUCGACUAAUCAGUUUCAUUCUUUGACAACUAAUGAAUAACUAUUGCACCUCUAAAUUACAAGCUAAAUCAGGAGUUAUUUCUUGCACAUAUAUGGGAUUUUUUAAUUUAAAUAAUUAGAAAAUUAUGUUUUUGAGGACUGAAAGAGUUCACAGACUGUCUGGACUGAUGGAUGCUAAUGUGUAACAAACAUUCUUAAUCAUUGAUUUAAUAGAAAAUGAGCCACACUAAGUCACUUUAUUUAUUAAUUAUCACAUCAUAUUGAAACACUAAUGAAUUUAGAAAGAAUGCAGUUCAACUAACAUGCAGCAGAAACACCUUUAGACAGAUGAACGUUGCUUCCAAAUUAUCCCUCCACUCAAAAUGUUUAUUCCAGUGAGGUGUAACAUAUCAAAUAAAACUGCAUGACUUGACCGUUCCAAAUAUUGUGUUUGCUUCUCUGCGUGACAAAGUGUUGUUGAGAAAAAUAAUGUAAAAACAAGAAAAGCACUCAGAGAGCGCAGUACUCUGCCAAGGCUGUUCAGUGGUUGUAUCGUUUCCGAUGGCUGCAAUCUUGAAAAAAUUUGUGGCAGAAAUCACGACACCAUAGAAUGUGGCCAUUUAAUAUAUAUGUACAUUGUAUGUAUAUAUAAACAAAAUUACAUUGCGCUGAGCACAGGCGUGUGUUAUGCAUGUGUACAUUACGUAUGGAUACCAAAUCAGGUGACCUAAAUAUGUAGCAGGUGGCGGGAAUUGACGGGACUCGGAAACACCCCCACAAUUUAAUCAGUUGUUCCUUGUAUGAUUUCUAACGGAUAAGUCCCUGUAAGUCUGCAACGGUUGAUUGGUAGUAGGAUUUUAAUCACGUAAUCGUCAGCAGGCAGCUGACGUAGUGUUCACAUGUUGUCAUAGUUACAGUGACGCCAUGCCGCUAUCUCGCAAUGAUACAGAAAUCUUUAACAAAUCCGUGGAUCCAGACUAUAAGUCGCGUCACUGCCAAAAUCUACUCAGGUGGUCCUUGUGUUAUUUCUGACCUUCCCUGAAAAUUUCAUCCAAAAACGAUUGUCCAUUUUUCAGUAAUGUUGCUAACAGACAGACAAACGUACGCCGAUCGUCACAUAACUCCGCCAUUCCUUGGUGGAGUAAUAUCUGGACAGCCAAUUUUCUACUUAUGCAACACUUUUUGACAAACUUGAUUACAGUAUGUGUAAAAUUUACAAAGUAAUAAUGAAACAUUCCAGGAAGUUAUCAGAAAAUACAGGACCUGUAAAAUAUAAUCCUGAUUUCAACUGCAGGUUGUGUUUCUGUUUUUUUACAUUCCACCUGUCAUUAGAAAUACAUACAACACAAUUAUACUCUGUGAUCGGAUGUUUCUGAUUGAAAUGCAUCUUGGGAGUUCGACUUUCUUGUACCUUUGACUUUUUAACAAAGAACGAGGCGUUUUCCAACACAAUCGUUCAUAUUUUCUACUGGUAACUUCAAUCCAACAUGCAGAACUUUGAGAUGUUGUUACUGAAGCCUCUGCUGAGCUGAGAAUUGUAUUAGUACUGAAUAUGUACCAGAAAAUGAGAACUGUGAAACAAAUAAAGGCUUUCUGCUUUAUUA